GACGAACCUGACCCUAACUUGUGAGUCCCCAUCGCUAUAGUUAUCUGCGCUCUCUGCUCCUUGAUUGCCACCGUCCCGGAACUCCACCAUCUCUUAGUGCCUCCUACCACAUGGAUCCCCUGGAAAUGAAUGGGACAUUACCACCCAGAUGGGACCCAAUAGACUUUUAACACACCCCGCUCACCCUCCUGGUUACCUCUUUCUCUGUGUUCAAUAAACCUGCUGUUUGUAUCUUCACCUUACCUCUGUGUCCCAUUUCAGCAGCUGACCACAGGCUGUUGGAGAUGGCGUCUGAGAAUAAGGACUCUGGAGAAGUUUUGAAGGAACAGAAUGUUCUUCUUCGAAUCCGCAGUCUUCGAUCUGUCAGUGCCGCUCUGGAAUCCAUUGAGAAGACAUAUGUGCAUACGAAGCAGUCUCAUCCCGUUAUAAACUCUGUGUGUGGGAUAUAUGAGAAAGGUGUGAGUAAGGCUGGCAGCUUGGCCAUUUGGAGUCUUCAACCUGCCCUUUAUGUACUCGAGCCCCAGCUUGUAGCAGCCAACUCAUUGGCAUGCAAAGGACUGGACCACCUGGAGGAGAAGGUACCAGCCUUGCAGUAUCCACCUGAAGAGCUAACAGCAAGCAUUAAGGAGUUGGUGACAACAACUCUGGAAACUGCCAAGGAUAGUGUUGCCUUUCCAAUCAAACAGACCUCUAAUGUUGUAUUGGACAAGGUAUCUACUGGGUACCAGCAGAGUAAGAAUGCCUUAAGUGACGGCAUACAUUAUGUCCUGAGCAGCAAGCUUGUCUACCUGGCUGAGCAGAGAGCUGACAGGGCUCUUAGUCUGUUGGAAAACCUGGUCGACUUUGUCCUUCCUGUAUCUUCAACUGAGAAAGGGGAUGAUGGGAGUGUGGGAGAGCAGGGGCCUGAUGUUGGAACUUCUGGCCCAAAGCCUAGCUUCAGCAGGCUGGGAGAACUGUCCGGCACCAUCUACAGACGGGCAUUUGAGAAGACAGCUGCACAACUCCAGCGCUCCAAACGUCAAGGUCAGGAACUGGUCACACAGAUCCCUGGCGUGAGUCCUCUGGUUAAAUAUACCUUGAGGACUGUGAAGACCAUAGGAAGUGUAAUACUGGGUCUGCCGAGCUCUGUGGCAGUGUUUCUGAAAGAUGCGCAACAGCACGAUACUCUGAAGGUGAUGACCAGUAAUGAGUUUGAGCAGCUAGAGAUUCCUAGGCGAUCUUCCGAGCCAGAAGGAGGAUCCCAAAUGGCGGAAGACGGUGGAUCAAAGGAAUGUGAAUGUGUUAGUAGCUCUCAGGUGCUGGAUACUAGUGUAGAAGACCACAUGCACAGUCCCGCUGGCAAUUCUCAAAAUCAGCCCCCUAAGGUUACAGAGCUCCAGGAGAUAUCAGAGGAGGCCCGUCAGCUGAAGAAGAAGGUCAUGGAGCAGAUUCCUAUGCAGCAGAAAGUAAUUCUUGGUGCCAGUAACAAGAAAGUAUCCAAGAGGGAGAGUGUGACAGAUUGCACCCAGAUCUCCUCCUCAUCGUCUUCUUACAUUAGUACAGGGGAAAACAGCAGAAGUGCCUCCCCUACUACAGAAUGAGAAUCGUAGAAUAGUCAGAGUGGGAUAUGGGUUUCAUUGUUUAUCCUGCAGGUCUGUCAUAUUCAUUUAAAGCAUUAAGCAUAGCAGGCAUGGGUCAUGAUUUCUAAAGUGCUGGCGGUGGUGUACGUCAACACUACCUAUGCAAAACUCAACAGUCAGUGAUCAACAUAUAAUUAUACAUUGGGAGAUUCUGGAUGCUGUUUUCCAUUUCUUGCCAAUAAUAAAGCAGUUAUUAAUUUAGUUAAGAUAAUUUUCUAAUCAAAAAACAACUCUUAUUAUUAAUACUGUUGAAAACACUUGGGCUACUUAAUAUUUUUAUUGAAACAGUGAUACAUUGUUUUCAGUAUUCUCUAAUGAAUAGAAGGUUCAAAAGAAUAGCAUUUAUUUGAAACAAUUAUUUUGAUAAUUUCAUUCUAAAAAUAAAAACCUUACUGACCCCAAACUUUUGAUCACUAGUGUAAUAAGGGGGGGAAAAUGCUGAUUUAGAAAUUGUGGUGAGACUUAAAUAAAUACAUUUAAAUAAAUAUUGCAUUAUUUGUAACUGAUUAUAUAAUAGUAACUAUAAUUGAGGAGGUGGUGCAAAUAUCAUUAAUGACACAGUGCUAAUUUUCGAUAUUUUUUUUAUUCACAGCAAUUGGUGAUCAUACACUUUUUCAGUCAGACGUCCCUUGAAAAACCCAGAUUUGAGGAAUGAGAAUUGAUCAUUACACGACUGCACAGAUGUGACUCGGCUAAAAAGAAAACCAACCCAUUAAGUAAAGGAAUAAAUUCAAUACUCCAUAAUCAGAUUUUUGCCAUGUCUCUGCCUAUUGUAUGUUUGAGUGAAGUCCUCAGAUUGUUUUGGUUCACUUUAAAGAUACCAGAUUGACAAUUACAGACAAUACCAGAAAGUCAUUACAGCAAAGGUUAUUCACUAUUAAGUUAAAUUAUUUAUGGAAUUAAUAUUACCAUUGAACUUAAUUUGUCCAAACGCCUCUUCAGUUAUAGCAUAAAGAGCUAAUCAAAUGUUUACAUGCAUACUUGUAAUGCCUGAUUGUAGUCUAUGAAUAUAUAUACAUUUUGUUUAGAUUGUUGAUAAAUAAAUACAGCUGUACACCAUG